CAGCGAUGCAGUGCUCAACGCAGCUACCUACUACGGUACAGUACCAUGCAGCAUUGGCGCAGGGGCUGUACGUCUCCUGGGGACAGAAUUAGUAGCGGGCGUAGACUUGAAACUGUGUGGUAUGAACCCAGUUCUCAAUCGUGCCCCCUGCAAAUGCAAACCCUAACCCUAAUCUGAGGCCCGCCAGACUUCAGAACUCAGGGUUCGAGCUCAGGAGCAAGAAGUUCAAGGAGCUGAGGAGCUCAGGGGGUGAGCACUCUGGAGGAGCGCUGUUCAUAGUGCUACGGAGGUUUACAUCUGAUGGUUUCGUGUCGCCAGGUGUAUCCAGCUUAUCCUGAGCAACAUCCGACCCUGACUCCUGAGCUCAAUGAGGAAGCAAUGAGGUGAGCUCACAAAGUCGAGGCCAGAUCACUGAUCGAGCAUCGUCCUGAAGCAUGGCGAGCAAGCCGCCUGCGGCGGCCGCAGCGGCAGCUGCUAACACAACACCCAGGAAGCCCGGCACUCCCAGUGAAAAAACAAAACCUGCAGAUGCAAAGGGAAAAGGGGCCACAGAUAAGAAGGGCAAAGAUGCCGGAGACAAGGCAGGGGAGGGGGAGCAGGCUGCCCCCGAGCCUACCUCAGGUUCUGGAAAGUUCCACUAUCAGAACGGGGCCACAUAUGAGGGCGACUGGAUACUUGAAGCUCUGCCAGCAAAUGAGAGCGCGGCCCCAGCGGCGCCAGCAGUAGAAAAGGCGAAUGGGAGACGCUUUCGGCACGGGAGGGGAACUUUUGUGGAUGGGACUUAUUCGUACACAGGGGAAUGGGACCACGAUCAGAUGCACGGAAAAGGUAUGUUCGCUUAUGCGAGUGGUGCCAUAUACGACGGAGAGUGGGUGCGGAACAGGUACCAAGGCAAGGGGGCCUUCCGGUGGAAAGAUGGCCGGUCCUACACAGGAGACUGGGUCGAAAACAAGAUGCACGGUUCGGGCACAUACGUAGGUAAGGACGGCCACUCUUGGACGGGCCAAUUUUUCAACGGGUCAGGACCAGGUCUAACAUGCCACGUCUAGCAUAGGGGCAGAAUCUACGGACCCAAUCCUAGGCGGCAAUCUAGCAUGGGCUGCUACAUAGCAACUGCAGGCACUUCUCGUUUGAGUGGA